AUGGAGGAUUUAGGAAGUGUAAAUGGGAAUGAAGGAGUAGGAGGACCAGAGAGGAUAGUGAACUCGCCAAUAAUAGAUGACAAUGAUAGGUCCAUGAUGGACUUCAUCAUACCUGUGCUGGAUGAGUUGGACCCAAGUAUUGCCCAACCUGUUAAUGGAGUGCCUUUUAAGUUAGAACCUGUGAUGUUCACCAUGCUCCAAAAUAUGGGGCAGUUCCAUGGUUUACUGAUGGAAGAUCCACAUAAGCACCUUAGGAAUCUUAUAGAAGUGGCCAACACUUUUAGGAACCCUAACAUCUCAGAUGAUGUGCUGAGAAUGAAGCUCUUCCCUCAUUCACUGGCUGACAAAGCCAAAGAGUGGUUGAACUCCCUUCCAUCCAACUCAAUAACCAAUUGGCACACAUUGGCUGAAAAAUUCAUCAUGAAAUUUUUCCCAUCCAACAAGAUAGUGCAAACCAGAAGUGACAUCACCAACUUCAUGCAGAAGGAUGGUGAGACCCUAGUGGAUGUAUGGGAAAGAUUUAAAAUCCUUCUUAAGCAAUGCCCCAACCAUGGCUUUCCCUCUUGGGCAGUGUUACAAACCCUUUACAACAGCCUCAAUACUCAAAACAGAGCCUUAGCAAAUUCUGCUGCUAAUGGCAUGUUUAUUUCCAUGUCAUUUAAUCAAGCCCAUGAGUUGUUGGAACAAAUGACUCAAAAUUAUGCCCAAUGGCCUGAAGAGAGAAAUCAGUCAAGAAGAGUGGCUGGUUUGCAUGAGGUAGAUCCUGUAACAGCCCUUUUAGCCAAGUUUGAUGCACUGUCCACUUUAGUAAAAACCCAAGGACAAGCUAUUGAGGCAAGGUUGUCUCAGCCUCAAGUUCCAGUGCCCCAACCUCAAGUCAAUGCAGUGAACACAAAUGAAACUUGUGUUUUCUGUGGUGGGCCCCAUUUGUUUGGUAACUGCCCAUCCAACCCAGAAUCUGUCUACUAUGUGGGGAACCAAAAUAGGAACCAAAAUAAUUUUUCCAACAACUUUAAUCAAGGUUGGAGGCAGAAUCAACAGCCCCAAUAUUUCCAAGGGCAAGGGAAGCAAGCUGGCCCCUCCAAUACCCAAACCAAACCACCUUUUCCAACCCAAAACUACCAACAAUCUCCAAGGCAGCAACCUGUUGCUCAAUCUAGUGAGAUGCCUACCUCUUCACCUUCUUUCUUAGAAGCUUUGUUAAGAGAAUAUUUGGUUAAGAAUGAAACUAAGCAAAACAGUUUGGAAGCUGUUGUACAAAGUAUUCCUGUAUCUUUGAGGAAUAUAGAAUUCCAACUAGGCCAUUUAGCAAAUACUUUGAAUAACAGACCCCCAGAGGAACAAGGGCAACAAGAAAAAGUUGCAAAUUCUGCACCAGUUCAGAAUUCUGUUGUCCAUGACAGCCCCCAAGGGGCUGAGAAUAGUGAUCCCCUUCCUGUUCUGAUUGAACCAGAAAAUCAGACCCCUAUAGACCCACCUUUAGGGAAUAUUUCCAUGGAAAAAGCCAAUAAAAAGGGUCAAGCAUUUAAGCCAAAUGUUGAGACACCUGUUGUCUCAAACAGACCCCCACCACCUUUUCCUCAAAGAAAAAGGAGAUUAGAAGAGUUUGAGACUGUUGCUCUUACACAAGAGAGCAGUCAAUAUUUGCUUAGCAAAAUACCUCCCAAAUUAGGAGAUCCAGGAAGUUUUACAAUCUCUUGCACCAUAGGAGACCAUUGCAUAGGCAGAGCAUUGUGUGAUUUAGGUGCUAGUAUCAAUUUAAUGCCUCUGAGUGUGUACAAGAAGCUGAAAGUAGGAGAGCCUAAUCCUACCACUGUAACUUUACAGUUGGCUGAUAGGUCCUUGGUUUAUCGUAAAGGGAAGGUAGAGAAUGCCUUGGUAAAGGUAGAUAAAUUUAUUCUACCUGCUGAUUUUAUUAUUUUGGACUAUGAGGAAGACCAAGAGGUGCCUAUAAUUUUAGGAAGGGCUUUCUUAGUCACUGGUGGGGCUGUGAUAGAUGUGAAAGAGGGUGAAUUGGCCAUGAAUGUGAAUGGUGAGCAAGUAAAAUUCAAUAUUUUGAAAGCCAUGAAAUACCCAAGAGACAUAGAAGAAUGUUCUAGGCUAGAUAUCAUAGAUUAUGUGGUAAAAGACAAAUUUUUGCAUGAAACUGCAUUGGUCUCAAUGGGAGUUUCUGGUUGUGAGGGUCUAGAGUUAAGUCCAACUAAUUCAGAAAAAGGGGGGAAAUGGUUAAAUUCCAGAUCUGAUGUGCUUUGGAAAAAUAAAAAUUUUGAGUUAUUAGAAUUAGCCAAGAGAGGGUUAAAAAUUCCCAAACCCUCAAUUGAAGAACCUCCUGUGUUAGAGCUCAAGCCUCUGCCUAAUGACCUUAGGGCUAUAGGUUGGUCUUUAGCAGAUAUCAAAGGCAUUAGCCCCUCUUACUGCAUGCACAAAAUUCUUUUGACAGACCCAAACAGCAGCUCUAGGGAGCAGCAAAGGAGACUUAAUCCCAUUAUGAAGGAGGUAGUCAAGAAGGAAAUAAUUAAGUGGCUGGAUGCUGGGGUCAUAUACCCUGUUUCUGAUAGCAUCUGGGUCAGCCCAGUGCAGUGUGUUCCUAAAAAGGGUGGGAUCACUGUUGUGGAAAAUGAGAAGAAAGAAUUAAUACCCACUAGGACUGUCACAGCCUUAGCCCCUGAAGACCAGCCAAAGACCACAUUUACUUGUCCCUAUGGCAUUUUUGCCUUUAGGAGAAUGUCCUUUGGGCUGUGCAAUGCACCAGCCACCUUUCAAGGGUGCAUGAUGGCUAUUUUUACAGAUAUGAUAGAGCAAUUUGUAGAAGUCUUCAUGGAUGACUUCAGUGUUUUUGGUGACUUAUAUCAAGAAUGUUUGGAUAAUUUGGGAAGAGUGCUAGAGAGAUGUGAGGAGACAAAUCUUGUUUUAAAUUGGGAGAAAUGUCACUUUAUGGUGAGGGAGGACAUAGUGCUAGGACAUAAGAUCUCUAAGGAUGGCUUAGAGGUUGAUAAAACCAAGAUAGAGCAGAUUGAGAAACUGCCACCCCCUGUUAACAUAAAGGGAAUUAUAUCCUUCCUUGGGCAUGCAGGUUUUUAUAUGAGGUUCAUAAAAUAUUUUUCAAAAAUCUCUAAGCCUCUUAGUCAUUUGCUUGAAAUUAACACCCCUUUCCAUUUUGAUGAGGCUUGUCUCAAAACCUUUGAGGAGCUAAAACAUAAAUUGAUUUAUUCUCCCAUUAUAAUAGCCCUUGACUGGUCACUGCCAUUUGAGUUAAUGUGUGAUGCAAGUGAUUGGGCAGUGGGGGCUGUGCUAGGACAAAGAAAAAAUAGAGUUUUCCACUCUAUUUAUUAUGCUAGCAGGACCUUAAAUGGAGCCCAAUUAAAUUACACAGUGACUGAAAAAGAACUGUUAGCUGUGGUGUUUGCCUUUGACAAAUUCAGGUCAUAUUUGGUAGGCACUAAAGUCAUUGUGUACACUGACCAUUCAGCCAUUAAAUAUUUGGUGGAAAAGAAAGAUUCAAAGCCUAGGCUAAUUAGGUGGGUCCUUCUCUUACAAGAGUUUGAUAUGGCAACAAAGGAUAGGAAAGGAUCCGAAAACCAAGUAGCAGAUCACUUGUCUAGGCUAAAUGAAGGGCAAAAAUGUGAAAAGGAACUUGAGCCAGUCAUAAGGGAAACUUUCCCUGAUGAGCAACUAAUUUUGGUUACCACUAACAUCACCCCUUGGUGUCAAAGGACGGGUAAUGUGUCCCGAAGGCAAGAAAUGCCUUUGAAACCAAUUUUAGAAAUAGAACUUUUUGAUGUAUGGGGUAUAGACUUUAUGGGCCCAUUUCCACCCUUCUUUGUAAACCAAUUUGGAACCCCAAGAGCUAUUAUAAGUGAUGGAGGUAAGCACUUUGCUAGUAGGCAAUUUGAAGCUCUUUUAGCUAAAUAUGGAGUUAAGCACAAAGUUUCUACUGCUUACCACCCACAAACCAGUGGGCAGGUAGAAGUUACAAAUAGAGAGGUAAAAAGGAUUUUAGAGAAAGUUGUGAAUCCUUCAAGGAAAGACUGGUCCCUGAAGCUAGAUGAUUCUUUGUGGGCUUAUAGGACAACAUAUAGAACAUCCUUAGGCUGCUCUCCAUACAAGCUGAUUUUUGGCAAAAAUUACCAUCUUCCUUUAGAGCUUAAGUAUAAGGCAUAUUGGGCUACCACACAGCUGAAGGUAGAUGCCACUGCUUCAGGAGAAAAUAGACUUCUCCAGCUUAAUGAAAUGGAUGAAUUUAGAUUCAAUGCUUAUGAAAAUGCCAAGUUGUAUAAAGAAAAAAUGAAGAGAUGGCAUGAUAGGAAAAUUUUAGAGAGGAAAUUUGAAGUAGGACAACAGGUCCUGCUUUUUAAUUCUAGAUUAAAAUUUUUUCCUGGUAAAUUGAAAUCUAGAUGGUCUGGCCCAUUUAAGGUUACAAAAGUCCAUUUGCAUGGUGCAAUGAACAAGAUGGUAGCAAAUUCACUGUUAAUAGUCAAAGGUUAA